GCGGCCGCUAUAGGCUCCCUGCUGCUGCACCCACUGCCCGGAGCUGUGUGCCAGCCGCCGCGUGCCCACGACCGAGGGGCGGGCCGGGCCUUGAGGUGGGGUGGGUGGCGCACACUGAGAGAGAGACGCUGGCAGGGUGCGGUCUGGAGUGGCAGCCCUCGGAUCACUCAAACCCUUCAAGUUGCAGCGUAAAGGAAACUCCGGGAGCAGUGGGAGAGCGGCGCGCGUCGGGAUCACGUAAAAGGGAAUCGCGGAAGGAAGGAAAGAAAGAAAAAGAGCGAAGGAAAGACGGAAAGAAGGAAAGGAGCGCGCGGCUGGUGGAUCAACGGAUCACUGGCCCCGGCGCGCGGAUCACCCCCUCCUCCCUCCUCUUCCUCCCCUCCUCCUCUUCACCCUCUCUGGAACUUCGACUUUGAACCUGUUUGUUUUAAAUCCGCGGACUUUUAACUUUUAACUUUUUUUUUUUUUACAACUUCCUCGCCGCACAGCUCCUGCUUUUACGCGCAACAACAACCAAAAAAAAAAAAAAAAAAACCCAACAAAAAGCGAAAAAAAAAAAAAAAAAACAAGGAAAAUGAGCUGAGCGCGUAAGAGCGGUGCGCCACGCUGCCUCCGACCCCAACUCCCGAAGCAUGUGAGCCGGCCUUGACACUUCUGGGGAGGUCCUGCAGACAUCCACGCGUGUCGCCGCUCCCCUCCCUCUUCCCCCCCUCCCCAAACCACCACCUCCCUCCACAAACUCCCUCCAUGCGGGUCUCGGCGCUCUUCCUCCUCCUCGGCGCGCUCCUCCUGUCGCUCGCACCUGCCGCCGAGAGCUGCGGUCCGGGGAGGGCGUACGGCAAGAGGCGGCCCCCCAAGAAGCUCAUCCCGCUCGCCUACAAGCAGUUCAGCCCCAACGUGGCCGAGAAGACCCUGGGCGCGAGCGGCAGACCCGAGGGGAAGAUCACGCGGAACUCCGACCGGUUCAAGGAGCUCACGCCGAACUAUAACACGGACAUCAUCUUUAAGGACGAGGAGGACACGGGAGCGGACCGCCUCAUGACGCAGCGCUGUAAAGACAAGCUGAACUCUCUGGCCAUCUCCGUCAUGAACAUGUGGCCUGGAGUCAAACUCAGAGUGACCGAAGGAUGGGACGAAGACGGACACCACUCUGAGGACUCCCUGCACUACGAGGGCCGAGCCGUCGACAUCACCACCUCACCUCAGACAGGUACGGACAGAAAUAAAUACGCCAUGUUGGCUCGUCUGGCCGUGGAGGCGGGGUUUGACUGGGUCUACUACGAGUCCAAGGCCCACAUCCACUGCAGCGUCAAGUCAGAGCAUUCGGUGGCGGCCAAGACCGGCGGCUGUUUCCCGGGCGACGCUCUGGUGUCUCUGAAGGACGGCGGGACGAAGCUCAUGAGCGAGGUCGUCCCCGGAGACCUGGUGCUGUCCUCCUCCUCCUCGGACGGGCGCGGACCCCUCACCUUCAGCCCCGUGCUGUCCUUCAUCGACCGCCAGCCCCACGUCAACAAAACUUUCUACGUCAUCCGCACGAGCGACGGCGCCAGCAUCUCCCUCACCGCCGCUCACCUCAUUUUCGUGUCGGACUGCGCGCGCCGCUCUUUGAGGACGGUGUUCGCCAGCGACGUGGAGCCCGGACAGUGCGUGGUGACGUCACGGGGGGGCGGGGGGGAGGGCGUGGCCGUCGUGUCCUCGGUGACGGAGCGGAGGAGCCGGGGCUUGUACGCGCCGCUCACCCAGCACGGCUCCAUCGUGGUGGACCGCGUGCUGGCGUCGUGCUACGCGGCGCUGAACCGGCCGCGGCUCGCUCACUGGGCGCUGGCUCCGUUCAGACUCCUCCACAGCCUCGUCCCGCCGCCCCAGACCCAGAGCGUGGGCGUGCACUGGUACCCGCGGGCGCUGCAGUGGCUGGGGCGCUACCUGCUCCCCGCCGGACACUUCCAUCCUCUGGGGAUCGAGGCGUAACCGCGGC